UUACAGAUAACUCUCUGCUUCCUGGAAAGACACAAGGGAGCUCUAAAAAUGGCUAAAUUCUUCACACCAGUUCAAAUCAAUGAAUUCAAGGAGUGCUUCUCCUUGUAUGACAAGAAACAAAAGGGAAAGAUUGACGCUAAGGACCUGAUCACAGUCAUGCGCUGCCUGGGUACAAGCCCCACGCUCGGUGAAAUUGACAGACAUCUUCAAGUUCACAAAAUCGACAAGAAAGGUGAGCUGGACUUCUCCAUGUUCCUGACCAUGAUGCACAGACAGAUGCAACAGGAAGACCCCAAGGCAGAAAUCCUGGAGGCCCUGAAGAUGACGGACAAGCAGAAGAAAGGAUACAUCCAGGCAUCUGAGCUCCGAGCCAAGCUCACAUUGUUAGGAGAGAAACUUACCCACAAAGAAGUGGAUGAGCUGUUUAAAGAGGCAAACGUCAAGUCAAACGGGACAGUCAACUAUGAAGAGUUCACCCAGAUGGUGACGCUGCCACCUGUCGAUUACUAAUUUUUCAGGAAGAAUACUUAAAGCAACAGCCAUUAUGGGAAAUCACAUCUGCACACACACUUAACCCAGUUAUCUAAGCUUGCAGAUACGACAUACUGCAUUAAUUCUACCCAUUCCUGAGAUUGGUGAUUCUCUCCUGAGAGACAGAAAAUAUUCUUUCCUCAUGAUAAUUCAGCGAUCAGUUAAUUUAAUGCAGCCCAUAAACACCAGCUUGUCUUUGUGUCUGAAAAUAGGAAGUACUGCAGCCACACUGAGUUGUAAAAAUAAUUUGCCUUGCAUUUUGCCUUUGUUUAAUAGUUUUAGCAGAUACACAGACAGGGAAUGCAGGAAGAGAGAGGAGGAUGACCUAAAACAAAGUUCCUCAUCCAGAGUAAAUUUAAAAACCAUCAGAAUCUCAGGACACUUCUUUUAAAAUGAUAAAAUGCAGUACAAGUGAUUUAAUUUCACAUUUAACCAGUCAGUUUUCUCCUCCUUACACCCUUUGACAUGCCUGACCAGACUCCUAAACAAAUCAAUCUCAACUGGAUGUCACUUCUGAUAUUUUGUGUGUUCCUCUGUAUGCGUGUUUGCAGUAUUUCAAACCUUCAUGGUGUUGUUACUUUUUAUGUGUCAUUGUUAAUUUUACACACAUCGUUGUUAUAAAAUGCCAUCAUUGAAAUGUUUUGGUUGUGUGACAUGACCUGUGGGUUUGAAAUGAACAUAGUGACUGAUACUGUUGGAAAUCUUAUUUUAAGCCCUAAGUGAUCUGU